ACCGGCAGCGGCACCGGCAGCGCUGCGCAGAAGCCGGGCGCUCGCUCGUUCACUCGCUCGCUGGCGCGGGGCCGCGGCCGCCCGCGCGGUGAUGGCAGCGCGGGGCGCGCGCCGGCCGCCGCCGUUGUAAGCCGGCCCCUGCGGGUGGCGGCGGCCUCGUCCCCGUCCCGCGAGGCGGCCUGCGGGCCCCGCCGGCAUGAGCGGCGAGCAGCGGGCAGGGCCGGCAGCGCCGGGCGGCGGCGCGUUGCCGGCCUCUCAGCGCCUCCCUCAGCGGGGCCCCGGAGCGGGGGCAGGCUCCAGCGCUCGACGGGGCGCGGCGAGCGGCGCCGGGCGGGGUCGGGCCCGAGGUCUCGCAGGGCGGAGUGUGUCGAAUAGCCAGGUUAAUUUUCAAGGGUGGACAACAGAACCAACCAGCCUUUCUGUGGAUGCAGAACAGAUGCAGGAAAAAGAGAGUGUUGCUAUACAGUUGAUGAAGCAUGAAAAGGAAGUUGGUGUUCCUUUUAAUAAACUUGGUUCUGCAAAUGCAGCUACUGACCAGAAAGAGCAUUCUGCAUUGAAAAUAAGAAAAUAUUAUGUAUACAGAAGUACUGGGGGACCUGAGAAGACAGAUGCGACUAAGUCACUUGUGACAGAUCAGGAUGCAUUUGGAAACUGUGAACUACAUACACCUGUGUCUAGUAGUUGUUCAGCAAUGGAGUCAUCAGAGGACAGUGAAGAGGACAUGUAUCGUGAUGCAGAAGAAAUAGAGAGAGAGAAAAUACUGCUUUGUAAGAUGAACUUUUCAGAAAAUAAACUAAGUGUUGCACCUGAAAUGGACAUCAUGGAGUACUGCAGAAAAGAAUGGAGAGGAAAUACACCAGUAGCAAAAAGGAUGAGAAAGGGAUAUGAAGCAGUUGCUCAGAAGUUUGCGUCUAUAAGGACAGUACGAGGUGAUAACUAUUGUGCUCUCAGAGCAACCCUGUUCCAGGCCCUGAGCCAAGCUACCCAGUUACCAAGCUGCCUGCAGAGUGAGGAUUUUACAGUGCUUCCUGAAAAGUUGCUGAGCAAAUAUGACUGGAUCAAAGAGUGGCAGCUAAAACAGAAACUGGGCAGCAAGACGGGAGAAAUAAGUGAUGAAAUUAAAGAAUAUUUAAUACUUCUAAGGAAAAAGUGGAAGAAUAUAAGUGAAAUCAAGGGUCCUGUUGAGAAACAAGAAGCUUGUGAUACAUUGUUCAAAAAUGAAGAAGAGGAGUAUAGUCUCUAUGAAGCACUGAAAUUUUUGAUGCUUAACACUGCCAUCGAAUUAUACAAUGAUGAUAAAAAUGGAAGGAGAGUUCCUGUCUUCUCAUGGCUCCUGUUUGCACGGGAUACAUCUAGCAACCCUUGUCAGUUAAUGCGUAAUCAUUUGAAUCAUAUCGGUCACAGUGGAGGCCUUGAACAAGUGGAAAUGUUUCUCCUUGCUUAUGCUCUGCAGUAUACCAUCCAAGUGUAUCGACUGUAUAAGUAUAGUACUGAUGAAUUCAUCACACUUUAUCCCAAUGACCCGCAGGAGGACUGGCCUGUGGUGACUCUCAUAACUGAAGAUGACAGACAUUAUAAUAUUCCAGUCAGAAUGUGCCAAGAGACUGUGCUGUAAACAAGUGAUUUUUAGCAGACAAACCUGUGCUGUUUGUUGAGGUUUCCAGUGCUAUUUUAAAACAUGAUGAUGAUCAAGUCUGAGUUACAUCUGAAAUAUCAGGCACCAGCCUGAAGAGUAAGAAUUUUGCAAGUAUGACUUUUGUUGUCUGUUAAAAACAAAAGAAAACUGCGCAGUCCUUUUUUUUUGAGGGGCUUACUCUGAAUAGGAAUACAAGAACUAUAGAUUUCCUUAUUUUAGGAAGAUAGGUGAGGCUCUGUGGUAAAACAUAAGCUGACCUUCACCUCUCUGAAAUAACGAGAUAAUAAUUAAUUGAAAUUUCUGGAAAAGUAAGCUGGCAGUACCCUAACUGAUAAUUGUAAUACUGCCUAGGGGCAAUUUGUACAAAUCUUGGGUCUCGGGAAGCAAUAUAAUUCUUUUGCAGUUGGAAUGUAAUCCCUGCCAUGGUUUAUGGUAUAAGAAAGGUGUUGUUUAAACUUUUCUAAUGCUUUGGGGAUUUUUCCUACAUUAAUAUCUCUUGUUUAGAAGCCGGUCGUCUGUGACACUGAAAAUGAAGAGCUCUUCCCUUUUCAACCCAAGAAGGUCAUGGCAAAGAGGCUUGGUAAUAAGGGGCUUAUGAAAGUUGUUAAUUAGUAGUUCACAAAUUCAAAACCUACACAGGUUUUGAGAUAACCACAUACCCACAAACUUCCAUGUCUGUUCAUAUGACUGUUCCUGUACUGUUACCUUGCUGGUAGCUGCUGUGGAGAACAUGAGGAUUUUGAUUUGUCCGGGGAGUGCAGUAGAGGGAAGUUCUUUUGCUGCAACUUACCCACUCUUGGGAGGAGUAUGUGGGACAUCCUCUUUCUGGUCAGAAUUAUUUAUUAUUCUUUAAAUUGAAGGAAUACAGAAUAUAUCAGAUGCUGGGAGUGCUGACAUACCUAAAAAAAUUAAAUAAAACUUUCACCUUUAGCUUAAAGUGGAAGUAUGCCCUAGAGAUGAUUCUCAAAAUAAGAAAGUUGGGUUAAAUGGAAUGCUGGUGAUACACAGAUCACUUGGCUUCUCUUAGAAGGCCUUCUUAUAGAAAGGGGAUAAGAUUAUAAAAAGUAUUUUUCAUUCAAAUAUUCUAGAGGAAAUGACAUGCAAAACUUCAAAUUGUCCUGUUUUGUUCUACUUAAAAUUUGUUAAGUUUUAUUGCGAAAGGUAAUUACACAAUGAGAAUGUGUGUUCACUAUGUUCUAAAAUGUGUUUUAGACACAGCUUAAUGAGGGCUGUUGUGUACUCAGUGUUAUAUUUAUGUUGAUUUUGGCUUUAAAACAACUAAUUUCAUCUGUUACUGAAAAAUUGCAGAAGAUACAAGGGAAUAAAAAUAAAUGAGUUCAUCUGGCAAUAUUUUGUUUCUUGUUUCAUGCACUGUUUUCUCUCUAGCUUUACAUUUUUGAGUUUUUAAUUUUGAAACUCUUGUUCCAGUUAGUUAUUUUUUGAAAGCUGCAAAGCAUAGUAAUAUAUGUAAACCAGCAACUAUCGGCUUGCUGCUUGCACAUGAACAGCAAAAAAAUUUCUUCUUUGUCCAAGUGACGUUAACAGGAAAGAAAAAUAAAUGAGCUUUUGCAACUCUGAUAAA